CAACAAAAAAAAAUUUGUUUUUUAAUUGUUAAGUAUAGCAAUUUAAAAUGCCGGUGGAUUGGUUUGGUUAUGCAUAUGCUGCGACAGUUGCGGCGGGCGGCAUCAUGGGCUAUGCAAAGGCAGCAUCGAUUCCUUCGCUUGGAGCUGGCCUUGCAUUUGGAGCUCUACUCGGCUAUGGAGCCCAUCUAAAUUCCCAGGAUCAACCACGCCCCAUGCUCCAGUUGGGCACGUCCCUGUUCUUGGCUGGGCUAAUGGGUGCCCGCUGGAAUCGUUCUGGAAAACUAAUGCCUGCCGGCGUUGUCUGUAUGAUCUCCGUGGUUGCUCUAGUGCGAAACCUGGUGUCGUACAACCGCUACUUGCCGCUGCCUACAAGCUCUAAGGGCGCUUAAAGCGAUCUAAGCUGGAUUUCCAGAUUGGUUGAAGGCAUAAUUUAAAUAUUAAUAAUUUAUUUCAAAAUAUACAAGCUUACAUACAAGUCCCGAAUUUUACGUACAGAAUGGUUGGCCUAACAGAAAUAUAAAUUAAACAAUGCAAUUUGCUUGAUUAAAAUUAAAGAGUUCAA